AUGGAGAUCAGUCUGGAGGGGGACGGCUCGUUCGGGGCCCCGAAGCCGGAAGUCCUGUGCGAGCCGUCCCCUUCGAUCUCUGCAGGGCGGCCGAGGCGGCCUGCAGCGCAGGCUGCGCUCUCGAGGAUCCGGAACGCGAACCGGAUUAUGAGCGGUUUGGGGGAGACCUUGUUCAGCCUCAACCCCGACCUAUGCCUGAGCCAAGUCCCUACGUCCAAGGUUGGUCUGAACCCGGAGGGGGCGUCGGUAGUGGUCAGCCCCAACCCGAAUCCCAAAUCCAGGGCCAACCUCAGCCUGAGCAUGGAAUGCCGGUUCAGGUUCAAUCCAACCCUGUGUCUCACUUUGAACCCCAAGUUCGAGACCAACCUAGCCCUGUACCCCGCGACAAAACUCAGGGACGACCCCGGCUUUGGCCCCGGCCUCUGCUUCGGAUUCAAGCCUACCCACUCAUCGAUCUCACCUCUGACACGGAGUCCGAGUCUGGGUCUUGAGCCCAGGCCGUACCCAGCCCGGACCCCGAGCAAGCUCAUGGCCCGCAUCUCUCUCUCCCUACUCCCCCUCCUCCCCUUUGUUAGACGGACCACAUCGGGGCACGACCCAGCGUUCCAUAGGCAAGCCCCGUGA